AUGACUCCUUUCGUCCGCGCCCGCGUCCCAGAACUAGAACAACAAACCGCCUUGCCCACACCCGAGCUCCUAGCCUUCAUCGACGGUCUUAACGACGCCCUCGUCCCCCUCGGAACAACCCAGACAAUUGGCGCGUCUCCCGCACGCACAAAAGCUUACAUAAAGCAUGCGAAUGAAACAACCUUCGGGCCUAGGGGUCUACAUGUGCAGAUUUGCAAGACGGAGAAAAUGCUCUUUCAGAUCGGGAUACCCAAUGACGGGAGUAACCAGUACCGCACUACUCUGGAGGCGGAGGUUCCUGUUGAGCAACGCAUGAUGACGCUCGGGGAUGGAGUCAUGCGUCUUUCGUUAGAGGGUAGUGUUGGUGCACCUGGUAUGCCCGGUAUGCCUGGCGCGCCGAAUCAUUGGGUGCAAAAUGUGGGGUGCUGUUCGUCGCAGAGGGCGGAGCGGAAGUUAGCGAGGAAGCAAGCUAGGGCAGAGAGGAAGUAUUCUAGAUCUGGGCGAAAGAAGUGCAAGGAUGAAAGAGAGAUGGAGGAAGUUGGUGAUAAGAUUGUUGAUUUGAAGGAGGAGAUGGAAGAUGUUAUGCUUCAGAUUCAGAGUUCGGAUCUUGGGCAUUGUGGAAAAGCGAAGAAGUGCAAGGACCUGAAGAAGGACCUGAAGGAUUUGAAGAAGGAUUUGAGGGAUGCGGAGGAGAAGUAUGAGGAUUUGUUGGAAAAGGUCGAUGAGGAAUAUCGGAAACGCGGGAAACAUGGGUGGAAGCAGGCUAGGCAGGGGAAUAAGAUGUUGUGGAUUGUUAUCAUGUCUGAUAUGGGGAACCAUGCUGGUGAUGAUGAUUGGGAUUCCGAUUAUUGA